AUGCGGCUCACUGCGACGCUCGCGAGCCUCAGCGCUGUCGUUGGCGCCAUCAAGGUCUCGUCCGGGUGGCUGCCGUGCCCGCUGCGUACUGGCGCGUCGCUGUCGCCCGACACCAACUACCACAUGGACAACACGCGCUGCGCGACGCUCGACGUGCCGCUGUGCUACGACGGCGUCUGCACCAGCGACAAGACCAUCUCGGUGUUUGUCAAGCACUUCAAGGCGACCAAGCCGCCGGCGCCUGGCUCGCCCCGCCAAGCGCUCUGGUUCCUCCAGGGCGGCCCUGGCGCGUCUUCGAUUGUGAUGGAAUCGUAUCAGGCCUUUGCCGCCUUGUACUUUAACGGCACGGUGGACGUCUACACGAUGGACCACCGCGGCACGGGCAAGAGCACGUACCUCGAGUGCGCCACCACCGAGGCCGCCGCCGUCGGUAGCCCCGGCGGACAGGCGAUUGCCCCAUCCGAGAUGGCUGCCUGCUUCGAAAACGUGCGUCAGAUCUACGGCAACGACACGGCCGCGGGCUGGUCCUCGACGAGCGCCGCCAAGGACGUGGCCAGCGCCAUUGACGUGCUCACGCCCGACGCCGAAACGUACGUCUACGGCGUGAGCUAUGGCACGCUCUGGGUGCGCCGCUUGAUGCAGCUAUCGCCCCGGACGGUGAAGGGCUACAUUUUAGACGGCGUCGCAGGUCCCUUCUCAUCGUGGAACCGGGAUACACUGACGGCAGUGGAUCGCUUUUGGGACCUUUGCGGCAAGGACGAGGUCUGCGCUGGCAAGCUCGGGAGCAACCCCAAGGCCACUGUUGAAAUGCUCUACGCCACGCUCGACGACGGGACGAACGAGUGCGCCGCCCUCUUCGAGGCGCUGCCCACAUCGCCGUCGUGGACCGUGCGGCAGCUGCUCCGGUUUCUUUUGCAAUCCGGCGUCGGCAAGCAAGAACUGAUUCCGGCUCUCGUCUACCGCUUCCAUCGGUGCUCGAUGCACGACGUUCAGUGGUUUGCAGUCGCCUUGGGUGGUGGCGCCAUGACCGAGCCGAUGCCUGCGGACGACGCCAACAUGGAGGACCGCGACUACUCGGAGCUGCUGCACGACCUGGUUUCCAGCGCCGAGCUCUGGGAGACGCCAACCCGUGCGCAGCUCCACGCCGAGUUCUUUAACAGCACGAUGGCGUUCGACCUCUCGCCCAUGGAAGACAAGUACUGCAUCCUCACAGGUGCGGACGACCCCGCGUGCGCCAAUAUGACGCGGCCCACGUCGACGUACACGUACACGCGCGACAAGUUUGCGAGCUUGAACCCGACGCCGAAGACGAACGCGUCGGUCAUCCUCUUUUCAGGGCUCUUGGAUGUUCAGACGCCGCAUGUGCACGCGAUCGCGCUGUACGAGGCGCUGGAGCUGAGUAGUACGACCCAGAAAGCACUCUUUACCUUUCCGUACUCGGGCCACGGCGCCUUGACGAGAUCGGCGACACCGACCGAUCCGUCGUGCGCGAUGCACUUGCUCCGCGACUUUGUCUUGCAGCGCGGCGACGUGAGCCAGAUCGAUCGCAGCUGCCUCGAGGACCUCGUCCCCACGACCUUUGUCCUACGCGAAAUGGACAUUUACGAAGGCACCGUGCCAGAAGAGACGACAUCAACGACAGACAAGACGGUCCCCAUGUACACUGUCGUCCGCCUCGUCGAGGUGCUGCUGGCGGGCAGCGGCCUCGUCAUCGCCGCGCUCAUCAUCGCUAUCAUCGUGCUCGCUCUCAAGCUCCGGCGUGCCAAGAAGGCCCGGGACGGCGCUCUCUCGGAGGAGACCCACCUCCUUUCCCACGGCCCGUAGCAGCCUUGAGCCCUCGCUUCUCGAUACAGUCCACUUCACGCAGACAAAUGGACGAGCUUGACGUGAUCCCGCACCAUGUGAAUACAAUGAAAUGGGCUUCUUGGCCGUUGUGCAAGG